CGGCCCACGGCCUGCCGAGGAGGCCCUCGCUGAAGGAGAGCUACCACAGCGACUCCCUGCUGGCGCCCGACACUGACUUCAUGACAGGUAGCUGAUGGGCCAGUUUCAUGUAAAUGACCCCCCCCAAAAAAAAGAAAAGUUCUCCUUUAGCCCUCGUCUCGUGGUGCGUAGCGAUGCAGACAGUUUCAACUCCACCCCCGACACAAUGCAGAUGAAUGCAUUUUGUUUGUGGUGCUAACUGCUGUAUACUAUGAGGAGCAAGUGAUCAAACGGAGCGCAGGGGUUCUGUACGAAUGAAGUGCAUCUUUACCUGUAAUCAACAAAAAGACAAGUAUAAACUUCCUGCAAUCCACCACAAAAUGGGUUUACAUUCCUGUGAGUUUGCACAGGUUUGAAACAGAUUUGUUCUAAUUUGUGACCAGAAAACAAUGAAAAAAGACUCAAAGUUAGAAAAAAAUACCCUGUAUCCACAAAAUAAAUUAAAUCAGCUCCUUUAAUUAUGUUUAUCUUGAGGACGGUUCUUUCGUGUGCUUUAACUUUUCAGAUUCUAACAGGUCAGGACUUUAUUUGAGAUUUUUUGUAAUCAACUUGUUGCCCUCUGGGAAAUAUCAACAUAUACAUAUGAUUGACUACACUUUCCCAGCUUGUUGGAUAACCUCAUGAAAAGCCAAAUUGGGUAAUUUCCUCUUGUCUUCUAUGACGUUGCCGCUGCAGACUUUUACUUAACCUGUACAAAUCUUUUGAACAAGCGAGUUAAACUUUACACACAAGUCCCGCAUACCUGUCCGAUGCAUCACACAGUCAAACUGUGGGUGUUGUGGAAUGCGCCUCAGCUGAGGAGAUUCAGGGAAAAGCCAAGUCCCCUCAGGGACAUUAGCAUCAGUGGACUAAUAUGAGAAGGAUUGCAUGUGUGUGUCAGCAUGCAGGGUGCUGCUGAUAUGAGCAGACAGAUGCUGUUCCUUCUUUCAAGAAACACCAUCUGCGAGCAGAGAUUAAAACACUCCGCUGCGUCUCUGUGCCUUCAUGCAUUUUCAUUUUGCUAACAUGUAUUACAGGCGUAUGAAUUUGGAAACUGUUAGCGCUCUCCUGGCUGUGUUCACACGUGUGAGUGUGUGUGUGUGUGUGUGUGUGUGUGUGAGUCAGAGGUGCAGAGAUAGAGUUAAUGUUUGUAUAUGUGUGUUUACAUUUGCAUGAAAGGCGUCCACAGGGAGGCUGCCUGUUCUUUGUGUAGCUGAGUAAGUGCAGAGAUUGAGCUUUGGGCUGCUAAUUCCCUUUUACAGCGCUGGGAUUAUGUGCUAUUCUAAUCCCAAUCCCAUAUGGGGUGUGUGGAGGUGGCACGAGGAUGUUGUCACGGCCGGGACAAGAGGACGAACAGAAAAUCCCAGGCCUACACAGAGUCACAACUCUCCACGAGAGGCGGAUUACUGCAGGAUGCAUGCUCCGAUGAUUAUACUGGAAGUGUUCGCCCACAGCAGAUCAUCUCUGUUAGGAGGAAAAUCUCUGAUAUCUUCCCAAGAACUGAGAUGUAUAUUGUAUAACAUGCAUCUACAGCAGGUUGGCAGUCUGAGGCUUCAUAGACACUAAACUAAAAACUUUACAAGCGUCACAGCAUCAUGCAGUUACUUGUCAGACUCCACAUCACAAGAACUCAAGUCCCCUUCCAUCAACACCGCCAUGUUCCAAAUGUGAUCGUUUCAACCGAUUUUAAACCCGAUUUUAUCGAACUAUUAAUUAUAUAAACAUAGAUUCAACAGUGGAUUUCACUGUUUAUGACUGUUACUUAAAGGAACGAUGUGACGCAUUUACGGGCCUCUAUUGACAGAAAUGGAAUACCCUAUUAAUACAUUUUCUUUAGUGUACAAUCACAUACAAAAAAUAAUUAUAGUGUUUUCGUUACCUUAGAAUGACUUGUUUAUAUCUACAUAGCCGGUCGCCAUGUUUCUACAGUAGCCCAGAAUGGACAAAACAAACACUGGCCAUUCGUGUUUUUCACGUCAGCCACCGUAGUUCUCCGACACACUAGAAGUUUCAGGUGGUUGCAAUCUGCAAACUCACCACUGGAUGCCACCAACUCCCACACGCUGCACCUUUAAGCUGUCACACUAAUAUAACUCGGAGGGGUCGGGGCUGGACGUUUCAAUUAUUCAUCACUUUUUUACAGUAGACAUUUUGACAAAGCAGGGUAAACACGGGUGUAGUUGAUCUAAUCGAUUAUGUCACAGCCAUUCCAGUGAGCCAGCAUGCACAAUACCAGGGCCAUGAUUAAUAUUAUUGAUCACACCUGUGGUUGAACUGAAACGACUGAAUAGAGCCUAUGUCGACCAUUACUUUAAUUAAUUUUUUCAGCCAUUUAUCUUUUCACAACAGUUUAUCCAUUACUUAUAGUAAACUAUCUCUGUCUCGUCGAUCUGCUGGUAAAUAGUACGUCAUUGUAUAACUGAUGGCUUGGUGUUCGCUCUGAAACUAAAGCAUCGUUUUUAGACUGGGACCUCUGUAGCUCCCUGAGAUGAACGAGAUGUUUACUAUCGGGGCAACACUGGUUUAUUACUGCUGUUUCCUCUCUGUGUCUCCAUCUCUCAUAGUGGACGUGGGGCUUAUGUGCGGGGGCGGGGUCACAGAGGCUCAGUCUGAGGGAUUAUCAUUGUAGUCUGCACACCCACACACACACACACACACACAUGCACAUGCACAGACAAUUUAGGCUGAAUUGGACGACUACUGAGUUUUUAAGCAUCAUCAACCCCACCCCCCACCUUUUAUAUAAGCACACACCCUGAGCAAAAGAGCUUUAAACGUUGUCAUACUCAUCAAGCGACCACCAAGGGGACCGUGAGAGGAUCACAACACACCGUAGACACUGUUACACUGCUCGGAAGCUGACAAACACCGGACCGGCUGCUCCGUGAGUGUGUUUGUGACACAAGUGGAGCAACAGAGAUGAGAUCUUAGUGGACACCAGCCAGUGGAUCGGAAUCAGAUGGAGGGAGAGCCGGCCUGUCUGACUGGAGCCGGAGGAGGAAAGAGGAGCGAAAGGCUGUGCUCGCGAGAGGAGAGGAAGAGGAGGAAGACGUCUGGUGUGGUGGAGGAGGGCCCGACCGGCCAGCAGAGGCCCCCUGACUGCUCAUCAGAGUCCAGUGUCUCCCACGAUGACCGCAGCUCUGCGGCCAGCGGCCUGGACGUGGGCGACCGGCUGACCUACCUGGAGCAGAGGAUGCAGAUGCAGGAAGAUGAAAUCCAGCUGUUGAAGAUGGCUCUGGCUGACGUCCUCAAGAGGCUCAACAUCUCUGAGGAGCACCAGGUGGCUGCUGCCAGUAAUAGCAGGAGAUCAUCGGGCGCUAAACCCAGGCCGGUGUCUCUCGCUCUGCCCUCCAGACCGCCCAUGCUGACCUCCAGCACCGCCUCCCUGAAGAAGAGCUCCAUGCUGCCCUCCAGCGCCACAGCCAGGAACUACAGUCCAACACCGGCGCUCAGUGGUGUGAGGAGCCCAUCAGGUAGUGUGAAGGACAGUCCAUGCAAGACCACUAAGCGACCCACCUCUGCAGCCUCCUGCAGGAAGCCUCCGGAAAGCAGCAAGUCCAAGGAGGCUGUCGUUAGUGUAGGGACGAGACAGGUGACCCACUGCAAAGUGACUAUGCAGAUCUAUCUGAGCCCCCUCACAAGAAAGACUGGAUCUUCUGAGGCCGCCAAAUCCGGGUCCACGGUGCCUGCGAACGGCGGGCCCCCGGCCGGGCCCAACCACCCUCAGGCGAAGGGGGGCGGCAAGCGAGAGGCCAAGAAGACGACCCCGUCCUACACCUUAAACCUGCAGAAGACCACGACCAGCCAGAACGCACCGCAGGACACAUCCAGCUACAAGAACCCCCUCAAAUCGCCCAGCCAGUACUUUCAGAUUUGUUACUGAGGCGGAGAUAGAUUUGGUACAAAAUGUGUCCCUGUUAUCAAGUUUACUGACCACAAAUAAAUUACUAAAAGCCUCAGUCAACCACUCAAACAGAAACUGUGAAUAAUGACUCUCUUCCAAUGCUGGAAAAACAAGAAAUUGGUUUUUAAAUUGGCAGCAGUGCAUUUCCUUAACUUGCAGGAAUGGCAUGAUUUCCCUCUGUUGUGCAUCCUGAUUUUGUUGCUUUUUUUUGUUAUAUGUGUGAUAUUAGCAUUUUGAAACACUAACAAGAACUGUCGAUACAGUGUUUUAUGGCAUGCUUAUACAUUUCAAGUAUAGUACAGUACAAAAGCUUUAAUGCAUCUUUAGCCUCUGAAUCCUCAGUAGUCUUAGAUCCAUUUCUCACAGGAUGCUCGUACCUGCGUACUGUUUCACUGCUCUCUCCGUCUCUCUCUGCUGAAGUUCGUAAGGCGAGGAUGUGUCGUUGUCUUUGAGCACCGACUGUGUUUGAUGUCAGUGAAUGUGCUGUGAAGUUUCUAGCUGUUUUGUAGUUGAUGUUCCACUUUAAGUGUAACUAACAUACAGUGUGUACCAGAAUCAUUCUAGUUCAGGACAAACAAUAAAAAAGCUGUGAUUGCUAAGGGGAUGACAUUUCCUUGUGUGUGUGUGUGUGUGUGUGUGUGUGUGUGUGUGUGUGUGUGUGUGCAGGGUUUGGGUUGUGAGUGGCUGCUGCCUAAUUGACCCGACUGACUGAAGAGUACUUUAUAUUCCAGCAGGGAUCCUGUUACACUAUGUGCAGCACUUUCCUGUCAUGGUUUAGUUCAAUCAGCCACUUGGAGAGCAACAAAAGUGCAGUCACCUCAAUCGGACGUUGAAGUCGUUCUCUGAUGACGGGAAACGGUCUUUCACAAAGUCACUG